ACAGAUAAUAACAAACAGAGAAACAGUGUGUUCAAAGUUUAAUACAGUAUUACAUAUUAGGAAAUUUGGACUGAAACACCGAACACAAUAUUAGUGAAGAUGGCAACCAACAGGGUACUCUGCACACUACUCGUGUUACUAUCAACGGUUUACAAAUCAUACAGCAUCCAGUGCUACUACUGCAACAGUGCGAACAACAGCGCGUGCAUCGACGUGAAGCAGUUUGACGAUGAGACGCGCGCGCGCAUCAUCCCGGUCGUCACGUGCGAGACUGCCAUCCCGAGUCCUGUUGCCGUGGACUUCUUCUGUAGGAAGAUUGUUCAGACCAUAUUCCACUCCCACCGGGACUCCGAGGUCCGCGUGACCAGAGGCUGCGGGUGGGUGCGGCACCACAAGGAGUGCUACCAGGCCAACAACCAGGACCACCUGGAGACGGUCUGCCAGUGCACCUCGGACUACUGCAACGGCGCUGAGGCGGCCGACCCUGCCACUGCCGUCGUUUGGUUCCUGGCGCUGACUGCGUGCUUGUACUUAUAUCGUUGAGGCUUAAGUUUAUCUUGAAGAAUGGAAGAUGCACAGUCUACAGUACAUCAGACUGUAUGCACUCAUAAUAUCUGUCGGCGCGUACGAAUAUACUCUAGUUCUAUGUAAUCAUUGUAAUCAUCUGCCGUUGACGACAGCGUUGCAGUGCGGUGCUUCAGGAAAUCAAACCUUAGCACUACUGUAGUAGUGAAACUUAUGUAAGUAUAAGAUGACACAGUGUUUAGUUUGAAGUGCUGUCUUCUGUACUCUAGCAAGGUUUUUAUGAUGGCUAUGGCUAAAACCA